UCGAAACAGCGGAAAGGGUGAAGCGGUCCGCACGUGGCCGUUCAAGGAGAGCAUUUUACCAUCCAGUCAGUGCUGGUCGUCGCGGCGACUACGGCGAGGGGUGGAGGGACAUCGGCUCGGCCGUUCGCCAGCCUCGGAAGUUAUUUGCAGGUCGUGGGCCAUGGACCAUCGAAGAUGGUAUCUGCUCGUCGGAGCCGCCUGGACCAUCCUCACCUUGGGAAGUUCAACGGCACUCUCUGACGCCGAUGAGCCCUGCGGUAUCGCUCUAAAACGGUCUCGGAGGGCAGAGAUGACCCCAGAGGAACGCUUACAAGGCUGUUUUGAACAAAACGGCUUUGAACAUGUGAAAUGCGGGGUGAAUGGCGCCGCCUUUAGCUGUCACUCGGUCGGCUACAACCCGGAAAUGGCUGAAGCCAUCGCCACGGGGGCGGGAUUGGCGAUCGGCCUCAUCAUCAUCGCCGUCGUCCUAUGGUGGUAUAAAAGACGAAAGAGGCGGGAGGCUGGUAGAAUCUAGGCGCCACAUACAUCGUGAGUGCAGCCUGCCAAGGGAAAAACAGCCAUCGGAUCAAACAGCCAACAUCGGAUGACACGGGCAGCAAACUUCACAAGAUGUGAGAAACGCAUC